UUGACGCUCAAACCGAAGUUGCCACUCCAUCGAGGUAAUGAAAUGGUUACAAGUCGUUCAAUCCGGAUAAUCAGACCCAAUUACUUUUCAAAAAAACGAAAGCAGCGCAAAAGCAAACCGGUCCAGCUGUGUUUAUUGUAAUACAAUGUGUUUUGGAACGAAGACGUGAGUGUGCGCGCCGGAGACGCAGACGCUGGACUGUCAAUGCCCGGAUUCUCUAUUGAUCAUGCUAAUGUAUGGAGAUAUAACUUCUUAAAAUAAGCAGAAAUGUGGCCGGCUCGCUUUCUUCUCUUCUUCUGCCUCGUCUUCACAAUUGUGGUGGUUCAGAGGAGCAGCGGGCAGUCAGUCUGUCCUGGCACUGAUAACAAGCUCAGCACGCUGUCGGAUUUGGACCAGCAGUACAAAACUCUUCGCAAGUUCUAUGAAAACUGUGAGGUGGUCAUGGGUAAUCUGGAGAUCACCAGUAUUGAAAGAAACCGCAACCUGUCUUUCCUCAAGUCCAUCCGUGAGGUGACGGGUUAUGUGUUGGUGGCUCUGAACCAGUUCGACUAUCUUCCUCUGGAGAACUUGCGGAUCAUCCGUGGCACUAAACUGUACGAAGGACGCUACUCCCUGGCAAUCUUUCUCAACUACAGACGAGAUGGCUACUUCGGCCUUAGACAGCUCGGCCUAAAGAACCUGACAGAAAUCCUGAAUGGAGGCGUGUAUGUGGAUCAGAAUAAGUUCCUGUGUCACGCUGACACCAUCCACUGGCAGGACAUCAUCAAGAACCCACGUUCUGAACUUCUGGUCGUGCCCUCAAACAACAGUGGAAACACAUGCAGAAGGUGUCAUCGCUCCUGUAAUGGCCGCUGUUGGGGCCCCCAGGAAGAUCAGUGCCAAAGCUUGACAAAGACGGUGUGUGCAGAGCAGUGUGAUGGACGCUGUUUUGGUCCGUACGUCAGUAACUGCUGCCACCGUGAAUGUGCAGGAGGCUGUUUUGGACCCAAAGACACAGACUGCUUCGCUUGUACCAACUUUAAUGACAGCGGGGCCUGUGUGACACAAUGUCCUCAGCCGUUCGUCUACAAUCCAACAACCUUCCAGCUCGAGCACAAUCCCAAUGCCAAAUACACCUAUGGAGCUUUCUGUGUCAAGAAAUGCCCACAUAACUUUGUGGUGGAUCACAGCUCUUGUGUCAGAGCCUGUCCAAGCAACAAGAUGGAGGUGGAAGAAAAUCACAUCAAGAUGUGCAUUCCAUGCACUGACAUCUGUCCAAAAAUGUGUGAUGGUAUAGGUACUGGCAGUCUCCAAACGGCUCAAACUGUAGACUCCAGCAACAUUGAGAAGUUUGUCAAUUGCACCAAGAUCAACGGCAACCUCAUCUUCCUCAUCACAGGCAUUAAAGGAGACAUGUAUCAUGGUAUCGGUGCUCUGGAUCCUGAACGACUAAAUGUGUUCCGGACUGUCAGAGAGAUCACAGGUUACCUGAACAUUCAGUCUUGGCCAGAGAACAUGACUGACCUUGGUGUCUUUUCCAACCUUGUCACCAUAGGAGGAAGAACACUUUAUAGCGGUAUUUCUCUGCUGAUCCUGAAGCAGCGCUGGAUCUCUUCGCUGAAGUUCCAGUCUUUGAAAGAGAUCAGCGCCGGUAACGUCUACAUGACCAACAACAGCCAGCUCUGCUUCUACAACACGGUGAACUGGACCAGUCUGUUUCGCACCAGCACCCAGAGAUCUCUGAUCAAGAACAACAGGGAACCCAGAGAGUGUACUCAGCAAAGGAUGGUGUGUGAUCCGCUGUGUUCAGUGGCAGGAUGCUGGGGUCCCGGGCCAGAUCAGUGUCUCUCUUGUAAAUAUUUCAGCCGGGGAAAGACCUGUGUGAAAGCAUGUAAUCUUUACGAUGGAGAUGUUCGUGAGUUUGCCAAUGGAUCUGUGUGUGUGGAGUGUGACAGCCAGUGCGAAAAGGCCGAAGAUAAAACUCUUACCUGUCACGGCCCUGGUCCGGAUCACUGCUCGAAGUGCUUGCAUCUCAAAGAUGGACCCAACUGUGUGGAGAAAUGCCCUGAUGGUCUCCAAGGAGCAAACAGCUUCAUCUUCAAAUAUGCUGAGACCAACAACGAGUGCCAUCCCUGCCAUCCCAACUGCACCCAGGGGUGUACUGGACCCCGGAUCCAAGAUUGUAUUGGGAUGCUGGACAGGACUCCUCUGAUUGCAGCUGGGGUGAUUGGGGGGAUGUUUGUGGUCGUAAUCGUGGCCCUCGGAUUUGCUAUCUUUUUCAGACGGAAAAGCAUCAAGAAGAAAAGAGCUUUACGCCGUUUCCUGGAAACAGAGCUGGUGGAGCCUUUAACGCCAAGCGGUACGGCACCAAACCAGGCACAGUUACGUAUUCUAAAAGAGACAGAGCUCAAGAGGGUCAAAAUCUUGGGAACAGGAGCCUUUGGUACUGUUUACAAGGGAAUCUGGGUUCCAGAAGGGGAAACGGUGAAAAUUCCAGUGGCCAUAAAGAUACUCAAUGAAAGCACAGGACCAAAAGCCAAUGUGGAGUUUAUGGAUGAGGCACUGAUCAUGGCCAGCAUGGAGCAUCCUCAUCUAGUGCGUCUUUUAGGGGUCUGUUUGAGUCCCACUAUUCAGCUGAUAACUCAGCUCAUGCCACACGGCUGCCUGCUGGACUAUGUACAUGAACACCAGGAGAACAUCGGCUCCCAGCUGCUGCUCAACUGGUGCGUGCAGAUCGCAAAGGGUAUGAUGUACCUGGAGGAGAGGCGGCUGGUGCACAGGGACCUCGCGGCCCGUAACGUCCUGGUGAAAUCUCCAAACCACAUUAAGAUCACUGAUUUUGGACUCGCUCGACUGCUGGAAACCGAUGAAAAAGAGUACAGUGCGGAUGGAGGCAAGAUGCCCAUUAAAUGGAUGGCCCUUGAGUGCAUUCACUACAGGAAGUUCACACAUCAGAGUGACGUAUGGAGCUAUGGUGUGACUAUCUGGGAGCUGAUGACAUUUGGAGGAAAGCCUUACGAUGGGAUUCCCACACGUGAGAUUCCAGACAUCUUGGAGAAGGGCGAGCGCUUGCCCCAGCCGCCCAUCUGCACCAUAGACGUCUACAUGGUGAUGGUCAAAUGCUGGAUGAUUGAUGCUGAUAGUCGGCCUCGGUUUAAAGAACUUGCUGCAGAGUUCAGCCGCAUGGCACGAGACCCUCAGAGAUACCUCGUUAUACAGGGGGAUGAUCGCAUGAAGUUGCCCAGCCCCAACCACAGUAAGUUCUUCCAGAGUCUUCUAGAUGAGGAGGAGCUGGAUGACCUGAUGGACGCUGAGGAGUACUUGGUUCCUCAUUCCUUAAAUGCUCCUCCCACUUCCCAUAUGCCCCACCCACAUGUAGAUUCAAAUCAAAACCAGUUUGGAUAUCAUGAUGGAAGUUUGUGCCCUGAGGAAGUGACGGGAUCCCGACCACAUGAGGCAGCUGCUACAGGAAGUGGUAUACAAAGAUCAGGUCUGGACGCUCUAGACGGGCAACACUGUAAUGGAAGCUUGAAGAAGCAGCCCACAGCUCACACUGUGGAGGACAGCAGCAGCCAGCGUUAUAGUGCAGACCCAACUGUCCUGCUGGGAGAGAAAGGACAGAGGGAAGAUAUAGAUGAGGACGGUUAUAUGUCCCCUAUGAAGGACAAGAUCUCAACAAAUCAUCUGAAUCCCGUUGAGGAGAAUCCUUUUGUAACGAGGCGUAAAAAUAAAGACGUUCACGCGCUAGACAACCCAGGUUACCACAGCACCCCUGAUGGGAAGCCCAAGUGUGAAGAUGAAUAUAUCAACGAGCCCCUUUACCUCAACACAUUCAACAACACCAGCGACAUGAACCAGGAGAUAUUGAGGAAAAAUGGAGUCUCCAUCCCACUGCAGGUGACCACAGCAGCUCACACUCAAGGUACCCAUGUUCCUCACAUCACACAAAUGGGAAAACCCCAUCAUCACAGCCACGGACCACACGUUCAUUUCGCCAUACCGCCAGUUCAGCCAGUACACCCUGGACCGAUGAGCCAAAAUGAUCAACAUACCCAUUCAGUUCAGUUGGUUCAUGAUCACGGCGGCAAAUCUGGGCUGCCAGCAUUACCAAGUCAGAUCUGUCUAGUGAGCCAUCAGGUUCAACCAGGGCACCCAGGCAAAUCUAAUCGUUCGCCCCAACAGUUUCACUUGGCAAAGUCUGGUAAAGGUGGCACAAUGGGCUUACCGGGUCAUCCGGUGCAACCGGUGCUACCGGUGCAACCAGGCACCCAGAUCGGGACCGCAUUAGUGGACAAGAUGUACAAGAAUAGCUUUGACAAUCCUGAGUAUUGGCAGCAAAGCCUUCCAGCCAAGGUUACCCCUCAGAACUCCCAAGACUCUUCGGUGAUCUGCAAUAACAAGUUCCUUUACAAGCAGAAUGGCCGCAUACAGCCUGCAGUGGCUGAAAACCCUGAAUAUCUGUCUGGUAUGAAGCCAGGAACAGUCCUGCCUCCUCCUCCGUACCGGCAGAGGAACACUGUGGUCUAACGUCCAGGUCUCCAUGCUCUGUAGAGCCUGGUUCUUCUACCAGCACCUUAAAUGUCUUUCCUUGAUCCUCUGGUGGUCAAAAAUGGGACGAGAAACAAUGUAAGCCACUGAACUGACAUUAUGUCACAUAAAAUAUGGGGGAAAGCUCAACGCAACCCAUCCAUCCCCAAAGACCUCGUCAGUUAUCCAGGAACAUUUUCUUCUCCUCUACAGGUAUUUUAAAGUUUCUCAUAUGGGAUGGCACAUAAUCAGAUGUAGUAACAUUAUUAAUUUAAUGAAAUUAGAUAUUAAGUUCACUAGGAAGGGCAUCCGGCGUAAAACGUGCCAAUACGGCUGUGCGGCUGCGCUGUGGCGACCCCUGAUAAAGGGAGCAAGCCGAAGGAGAGAGAGAGAUAUUAAGUACACUCUUAAAAAUAAAAAUUUAAAAUUUCGCAGCAAUGCCAUGGAACAGAGGUGUGCAGUUCUGCUCCUGCAGAGUUUAGCUCCAACCACAUCCAAGAUAAAUUCCUGGAAGUUUCUAGUGAGUCUACUAUGGUUCAGAUGAGUUUCAUCAGGGUUGGAGCUAAAGUGGCCCUCCAGGAACCGUUUUGGAUGCCCCUACCAUAUAAGAACCACUUUGGGUUCGCCAAAGAACCUUUCAGUUCUUAAAAUAACUAUUUUUCCUUAGUGUGAAGAACUUUUUUUCCACUAUAAAGAACUUUUGUGCAAUAGAAAGAUUCCAUAGAUGAUUAAAGGUUUUUUGUGGAACCAUUGUUUUCUAAUUUGUUUUUAAGAGUGUACAAUAGGUGGUUCCAACUGGGUGGUUCCAUUUGAGUCUGGAACAAAAAAUGGAUGUUUGACAUGAAAAAAGUGUGUUUAGAAGAUUAAAGGCGCGAAUAUGCACUUGAAUUUUAUAUUUUCGUGACUGGAACACUUGCACUUUUUCAGCACAUCCUUCAUACCGCUAAAACUGCUGCCCUACUGGGACGACUACUGUUAGACCUGAGAGGAUUGAGAAAUUAUGGACAGUCGAGUUCCUCAGCACAAUGAGUUGAAUAGGAGGCUGAUAAAGGCACUGAGAGGCAUUUGUUCAUAUUGGGAAUACAAUACAAUAAUCGUCAGUGGGGUUAUUACCGUUAGGUGAGCGGUGAACUCACCUGUUGAGAGAUAUGAAGAAUUAAUUAUCGGGAAGAAUGGCACUGAAUGGUUUACAGGGUGUUUACAUUAAUUUACUUUAUCUGUACCUGAAUUGAGUAAGCGCUGACAAAGGGUGUCUGGGAACUUUAAUUAUCCUUUGUCUGAAUUUUUUACUGUUACUUUUCAGUUCUUGGUUAAAAGACCUAACCCAAGUUAGUCAGUACGCUAUCAAAACAUUGAAGUCAACAUGAAAUUAACCCUGUUUACUUUCUUAAUGUUCUUGGUGUUACAUGUUUUUCAUGAUCGUUCAGUCACAAUGCAUAACUUGUUCCAUUGAACUGACUUUCAUUUUUAGCUGACAUCCAAUCAGGUUACUGCAAUAAUAGCAAAUAAUGAUCGAUUUGAACAAGUAUUUUCCUACUGAGCUUGACCUUUGGCCUCCACGUCCAGGCCUCCAGUCAAAAAUCCUCCUCAGAAGUAGGUUUCAAUGGAUUUUUAGAAGCUUCACAGUUGACAGACUUGCAUUUUAGGACAUUUUAUGCCAAUUUUUACAAUCCAGUCAUUUUCUGGUUGAUAAAAUCAAGUCUGAAUAUUCUGCUUAGCAGCGUAGUUAGAAAGUAAACUGGGUUCUGAAAGCUGUUAUAUGUUGACAUUAAAGGGAUAGUUCACCCAAAAAGAAAAACUCUGUCAUUAAUAACUCACCCACGUGACAAUUCAAACCCGUAAGACCUUCGUUCAUCUUCAGAAUGCAAAUUAAGAUAUUUUUAGUGAAAUCCGAGAGCUUUCUGAUCCUGCAUAGACUGCAAGACGUAUUUUAUUAUGAGAUGUCAAAGAGACGUAUAUUAGAUGUCUUUAAGAUGUUUAUAAUUUAGAAUGUAUGUAAAACUAACAUCUUGCAAACGUCUGGCAGACAUUUGUACACAGCAGAUGCUUUCUAGAUCAAGAGAUCUUUAACAGAUAUCUUGCAGAUGUACGUGUGCUAUCUGGGUCACUACCUUUCUGGGCCUUGAAUGUGUCAGUUGUGUUGCUGUCAAUGCAGGUUCAGAAAUCUCUCGGAUUUCAUUAAAAUAUCUUAAUUUGUGUUCCGAAGAAUGACAGAAUUUUCAUUUUUGUGAUAACUGUCCUUUUAAGCCAACAGUUCCAAGCAUAAAUUUUCAAUGUUGUGUAUAUGAUAUUUUGCCUUGGUAUUUGUUUAUGCAUCUAGACUGAAGUUAGCAAAUAAAUCAUUUAGUUUUUAUCUGCUGGUUAACAUAAUCCCUAGUAAUUUUGAGUUUGUGCAAUUCAGAGUGUCAGUACUGAGCCUUUGUCAGAUCUGUAAUUGGAAAAUGGAAUGUGGGCACAAAUUUUGUUAUCAUUACUAUUUAUUCACAAUGGCUGCUACAUAUUUAUUUGGGGCAUUUCAUUGUAUUUCAUAAAAAAAAAAAAAAAAUGUUCUAGUUAAAACAGCCGGUUUACUUGAAUUAGGGAGAUUGGACAUGUGAUGCUGUGUUAAGUAUCACAAUUUCAUAAAGGUGAGCUGUAUUUUGUAAAAUUGCCACUCUUCAGCGCUAACAUAAUUCAGAAAACAGACGUUAGCCUGUUAUCACUGUCAGUGGUCUAAAACUGUUGUUUCAUUUUUGUUGUUUGUUUGUCUGUCUAUGUUCUCACAUCUAAUAGCAAGUGUAGCACAAAUACUGGAAGUGUUGCCCCUGUAGUUUCCAAACUGCUCUCACUUGUAGUUUCAUGUUUCUGUGUAGCUUUUAAUAAUGUACUGUUAGAAGACUAGUUUGUGGAUCAGAAUAAUCCCAUUUUGUUGACAUUUUGUCCAAUUUGUGGCAUAUAAACACAAUGACAUUACUGUUACAGUUAAUUAAAUAAGGGAUGUUGUGUUGCAACAAGAUGCGUGGACAUUUCAACAGUCUUUAACUGCCAAAUAUCACAAAGCCUAAUCUUGAGGCGUCAUUAUAAACCUUUGAUUUACAGAUGCCAUUUUUUGAAACAAUUUAGCUGUUUUAGUACAGCAUUAUUGGCCAGUGCGAUCUCACUGUGUACAUAUUUGUACAUUUAGAUUCAAGUUAAGAGCAUUAUAAAGUGUAAACCCUUUUACAUGCAUAACUUUGGAGACAAAUCAAAUAGUCUGGUUAGAAUGCGUGAAAACUUUUUGUGAGAAAGAACUUUUUACCCCAAAUCCUACUAGUUAUCACAGCUACACGUGCAAUACUGUGAAAUAUAUUUUAUGUUAUGGUGUAAAUCAUGUUAUCAUGUGUUUUUCCCCUCAUGAAUGUAUUAAUUUAAACAAUUUGUGUAAAUCAGUGUUAUUUUAUGAAUUUGUAAAUUCAAGUUUAUAUGUACACUACUAUUUAAAAGCUUGGGGUCAUUUUUUACAUUCUGUGGCCAACAAGGCUGCAUUUUUUCAGUCCAGUAAAAUGCAGUAAAAAUAUUAAAUAAUAAUGAUAGACAUUGUGAAAUAAUAUUACAAUUUGAAAUAAAUCUUUUAUAUUUAAAUAUAUUUUAAAAUGUAAUUUAUUCCUGCUGAAGCAUAGCUGAAUUUUCGACAUCAGUCUUAAGUGUCACAUGAUCCUUCAAAAAUCAUUCUAAUAUUAUGAAACAUUUGUUCUUAUCAAUGUGAAAAAAAAACAAUUUUGCUGCUUAAUAUUUGUUUUUUAGGAAUAUUAAGUUUAAAAGAAAUAGAAAGUAAUAAUUUAAUUGUCUUUACCAUCACUUUUGAUCAGUUUAAUGUGUCCUUGUUCAACAAAAGUUUAAAAAAAAAAAAAAAAAAAAAAAAAAAAAAAAAAAAAGGAGGGGGAAAAAAAUAACCCAAACAUUUGAACAGGUAGUGUAAAGGGGUUUGCAGUUUAUAUUCUCUCAAUACAUUAAUAAGUGAACCACACUUUACAUGCUAAACAAUGUCUGUAUGAAUACUAAUGAGAUCAUGUUGAACUGGCUAAAAUGAACCAUAUUUAAAAUAAUUUAGUCAUAUUUCAUAAUUUUACUUGAAUUACUAACUUGACAUGUAAACUGAUGCAUGUGGAACCACUGCAGGGAAGCAGCUUUUUACACAAAUCUAGCAUUUUUAUGGACUGCCGAGAAUCAGCGAUUCACACAGUAAUUCAGUAUUCACUAUGUACCAAACUGUAUAUGUACAUAUAUGACACAUCAUGUAGUGGGAAGUACAGAUUUUUGUACACACUUACAAACAUACAACAUUUUGUGUGCAGUAAAAUGUACUGUAUUUCUGAGCCAUGAGACUACAGGCAUUUGGACUGACUGCUCUGUAACAAGUGUGUUCUUCUAAAGAAAAGUGCAAAGUAUUUUUGUAGAGUGCUGAAAGAUUUAUGGGAAGUGUAAAUAUACAGAGGUUGUUGCAUCAAGCCUUUUUUCAAUCAUUUCUUUGCCAUGAAGCGUUCAGUUUUGUUUAACAUGCACCAUCUGUAGUAAUGGUCUGACAUUGUGUCAGUAACUUUGUAUUUGUGACGUUUGAUUUGAUCUCAAGUGAUGUUCUGUUUUCCUCGGGCCUGUUUCUUUGUGUGUCAUGCUCUGUUCUGUGGAUUUCUUCUCUUGCUGCUUUUAUGGUUAGCUGUGACCCUCUCCUUCUCUCCAUAAGUGCCCAUUUUCUCUAUUUCUUUACCUUUGUUAGUUGUAAAUAUGACUGUUUAAGACUUACGGCGAGACAACAUUAAUUAUCUACUCUUGUCAGCCUAAAAUACUGAUCUAUCUAGAGUGAACUAUCUUUAUUUAUUAUAUAUUUGUUUUGUAUGUCUGCAUUUGGUUUGAUUGCUUUUUAUUAGAUAUGAUCAUAUGUACAUGGUUAGUUAUGAGAGAAUUCUCCACUGAAGCACUUGCGAUUAAUAUAUGUUUAAAAUCACUGGGUGGCCAUGCAUUGUUACUGAUGGUGGUCUGUGCUAAGCUAACUAGAAAUAUAUAAUAUAAUUUACAGUAGCCUAAAAAAGCAUUCAGACACUUAAAGGCAUAGUUCACCCAAAAAAAUGAAAAUAAAUGGCAGUUGAGAUUUCAAUAAAGUGGACUUCACAUUCUCAACAGCCAUUCACUGCCAUUAUAAAGCAUAAAAGUUAUAAAGUCAUGUACACUUAGGAUGGCCUGUGGGAGAGUAAAUGGGGUAAUUUUCAUUUUUGGGGUGAACUAUCCCUUUAAGUCACACUUGAAAUGAUUUUUGGUGCAUUUGAUAACAGAAUAUUAAACCAAAUGGCUUUUGCAGUCAUACUAGAACUUUCUCAGAAUACACAUUUUGGCAUUGACCCUAACCAAAUUGUGAUUUUUAGUAAAUACGAAGUCAGUUCCUUCAGUUUCAAACUGGAAAGUGUCAAAAUGCUUUUCAGUAUUUUGAGCAGUUUAUUGCUUCAGAACUUGAAACCUAACAGACUUAUUUUUGUGAAAUAUUUUGUGCUGCUGUCAUUCUGUAAAACGAAUAAAUGCCAUUUGGUUUGAUAUUUUGUUAUUUAACACAAUGAUAUUCAGACUUAAAGGAGAAGUCCACUUCCAAAACAAAGAUUCACAUAUAAUGAACUCACCCCCUUGUCAUCCAAGAUGUUCAUGUCUGUCUUUCUUCAGUCGUAAAGAAAUUAUGUUUUUUCAGGAAAACAUUUCAGGAUUUUCAUCCAUAUAAUGGACUGAUAUGGUGCCCCGAGUUUGAACUUCCAAAAUGAAGUUUAAAUGCAGCUUCAAACGAUCCCAUAUGCGGUUGUAAACAAUCCCAGCCGACAAACAACAGUCUUAUCUAGCAAAACGAUCUGUUAUUUUCAUAAAAAUAAUACAAUUUAUAAACUUCUUAAUGUCAAAUGCUCGCCUUGUCUUACUCUUCCUGGACUGUUUUUGUUCCGGUUUAUGACAGUUAGGGUAUGUCGAAAAACUCCCAUCUCAUGUUCUCCCUCAACUUCAAAAUCGUCCUAUACCGCUGUUUUACCUUUUUUGUUGAGGGUGUUUUCAUCUUCUUUGCAUGUUCACUUUGCAAAGACUGGAUCGGUACUUCUGCAGCGAUGUAGGAUGAUUUUGAAAUGAUUUUUGAAGUUGAGGGAGAAAAUACGAUUGGAGUUUUUUUCAACAUACCCUAACUGUCUUGAGGCAGAAUACACAGUUCAGGGACAGCAAGACAAGACAAGUUUUUGAGAUUAAAAAGUAUUUAAAUUGUAUUUUUUUAAAAUGAAAAUAACCGAUCGUUUCACUAGAUAAGACCCUUCUUCCUCGGCUGGGAUCGUUUGAAGCCGCAUUUAAACUGCAUUUUGGAAGUUCAAA